UGCUUUCAUUCAGACAGAAGUGAAGGCCUAGGGACAUCUAAACCUGUUGAGUAGGGCUAUGAAGGUUUCUGAUAAAGACGAGAUCUAUAUUUGGCAUGGGAGCACAGAAUGUGCUGAAGCGAUUAAAAAGUUGGUCUUUUCAGUGUCGAAUUCAGAUAAGAUGGGGCCUUGAGCUGACCAAGAUAACCAACACAGUGGUGGAUAUAUAACAGGUGGGGUCGGCAGGGACGUGAGGGUAAACAUGAAGCUGUAUUUUCUCGUGUCUUUCUUGGCAGUGGCAGUAUCUGCCUGGGAUGUAGAAGAUGACAAAAUAGUCGGAGGCUAUGAGUGUGUGAAGAACUCAGUGCCCUGGCAAGUUUCUCUGUACGACGGGUACAACUACUGUGGCGGGACCCUCCUCUCCAGCGAGUGGAUCCUCUCGGCAGCCCACUGCUACCAAUCGUCUCCCACCGAGGUGCGCCUGGGCGAGCACCACAUCCGGGAGCCCGAGGGCACAGAGCAGCACAUCAUGUCGGCCAAGUCCAUCCGCCACCCCGAGUACAACCCCCGCACCGUGGACAACGACGUCAUGCUGAUCAAGCUGAGUCAGCCGGCAGUCAUCAACCAGUACGUGCAGACCAUGGCCCUGCCCAGCGACUGUGCUCCCGCCGGAACCAUGUGCCGCGUCUCAGGCUGGGGCAACAUCCGCGACAGCAACCAAGGCUCGAGGUACCCUGAUAAGCUGCAGUGUCUGGAGAUCCCCAUCAUUGACGACGACACCUGCUGGAACGAUGCCUAUCCUUUCCAGGUCACCUCCAAUAUGAUGUGUGCUGGCUUCAUGGAGGGGGGCAAGGAUUCGUGCCAGGGUGACUCAGGAGGCCCUUUGGUGUGCAAUGGUGAGGUGCAGGGUGUUGUGUCCUGGGGUAAAGGCUGCGCCAUGAGGAACAAGCCUGGUGUCUACGCCAAGGUCUGCAACUACAUCUCCUGGAUCAAGGAGACCAUGGCCUCCGGCUAAGCGCCGCAGAUGGACCUUAGAUGAGAGGACAGUGAAUGGCCAUAAAUACAAGAAAUCAAAUGAAGCCACUCAGUGUCUGAUUGACCGUGCUCUCCGCUGCUCUGCACCACACAAACAAUUAA